AGAUUGCAGCAGUCCUGCCCACUCGGUGCAACGCGGCUGUUGUCAUGGUAACCUGUAGUUUGGGUGAUUUUUUUUUUUUUCUGUGAUAGUUGUACUCAUUGCUGAGCAACUUUUUUCAUCCCCAUUGAUUAAUUAAAACUGGUCGAAGCUGUGAGAACGAUUGCAUUCUUUGAUUUGGCAUUUUCUAUGACUAAAGAUGGCGACAUCAGAGUCAAACUUUUCUAACCCUGUCCUCGCCUGUGCUCUCUUGGGGGAUGUGCAGGGCUUACAGAAACAUUUUGAAAACCCCGAUGAUCCAAGCCACGAGGAGGCUAGUAACAUGCUGCUGCAGCAGGAUGCUGUAGGCCGAACGCCAUUUUCCUUGGCCUGUAUAACAGGACACAGCGAGAUAGUCCGACAGCUGGCAAAAUAUGGAGCAAAUCUUGAGGAGAAGACAAUCAGAGGAUACACUCCUCUGCAUUAUGCUGCUACAUGGGGUCAGCUGGAUACCGUGCGAGCACUGGUAGAGCUUGGGGCAGACAUUCAAGCUUACAACUUCCUGGGUGAGCGGCCGCGUGACAUAGCCAUCAGAUAUUCAAAGACCAGCUGUGUGGAUUACCUGGACUGGGCUGAGGCAAAGCAGGCACUUCAACUCUACAUUACUCACAUCCAGGGGAUAAUUAGUGACCCAGAGAAAGUACAAGGACGUCUGACAAAGGAAGAUAAGAAUACAAGUAGCAUCAGUUGCAAUCUGAAGUCUGAUUGGCUGCUGAACACCAAGAACCCAACCAUUCAGGAGAUGCAUGAGCAGAGACAGCAGCUGGAGGACAUGCUGCAACCAAUCCUUAACAAACUGACUGUACCAGUUCCAGAGAUGACCAAAAGUGGCAAAUCCUGAACUUUCUCGGCAGUCAACAUCAAAGCUAUAUAAACAACAUCUUUGAAGAACAUUUUUCAUUGCAACACUGCUGAGGCCACACUCAGCGCUCUGUAAUUCUUUUAAUUGUUUCCCAAGUAAACUGUGUACUUUUUGUUGAAGAAAAAAUAUUUAAAAGCUA